AUGGGAGACUUCAACAACGAUGCGUUCAUGCGCAACCAGAACACUGCCGUUCGCGGCGCCGCCAAGGCGCAGAACCGAGCUAACGUUCUCCAGCUCAAACUGAUUGGGCAAAGCCACCCAACUGGGUUGACAGCCAACCUCUUGAAGCUGUUUGAGCCUCGUCCUCCAUUGGACUUCAAACCCCCACCUGAGAAGAGAAAAUGCCCGCCUUACUCUGGCAUGGCACAGUUUGUGAGCAAUUUUGCGGAGCCUGGAGACCCUGAAUAUGCUCCACCUGUCGAAAAAGCUGAAACUCCUGCACAAAGAAAGGCCAGAAUCCACAAGCUACGAUUGGAAAAAGGUGCAGAGAAUGCUGCUGAAGAGUUUAAAAACUAUGAUCCAACGAACGACCCGAAUGUCUCUGGAGAUCCAUACAAAACAUUGUUCGUGGCUAGACUUAACUACGAGACAUCUGAGAGUAGAAUUAAAAGGGAGUUUGAGUCCUAUGGACCAAUAAAAAGGGUCCGACUUGUAACAGACAAGGAUACAAACAAACCUAGAGGCUAUGCUUUCAUAGAAUAUGUGCAUACACGGGAUAUGAAAUCUGCAUAUAAGCAAGCUGAUGGGAGAAAGAUUGAUGGUAGAAGGGUACUUGUUGAUGUCGAACGUGGUAGAACUGUGCCAAAUUGGAGGCCUCGCAGGCUUGGUGGUGGGCUUGGAACUAGCAGAGUAGGUGGUGAAGAGGUUGCUACAAGAGAAGCACAGCAACCUGGAGGUGCAUCACGAUCUGAGGAACCAAAGGCUCGUGAUGAUCGUCCUGUUGAACGGGAGAAGUCGCGGGAGAGAGGGAGGGAGAAGGAGAGGGAAAGAGAGAAAUCCCGCGAGAGAUCCCAUGAUCGUCCAAGGGAACGUGACCACAACAGGGAGGAUAGGCACCACAGAGACCGUGAUAGGGGGGAGAGGGAGAGAGAGCGAGGAGGCCGUGAUCGAGACCGAGAAAGAGAUAGUAGGGACGGCCGUCGGGAUCGAGGUCGGGAACAUGGUCGUGGUGACCGAGAGAGGGAUCGUGGUGGUAGGGACCACCGCGAUCGAACAAGAGAGAGGGAGAGGGAUGGUGGUGAUAAUGACCUUCGUGGACGCUCCCGGGAUCGAGAUAUUGAUUAUGACCGUGUCGGCUCGAAGCAUGAUAGGGACCGUCGUGAUUACGAUCGUGUCGAUGGAGAGGACGAUCCUGGGUUGUACGAUCAAUCUGAACAAGGGGGGCAUAAGCGUUCGAUUGAUGACCCACAACGAUAUGAGCAGUAUGACCGUCAUCAUGGUAGGGGGCAGCAAUAUGACGACAUGGAUGUUCAAGAAGGGGACCAAGACCGUUAUGACGAUCAAUAUGCUGCCGAUCGUGAUCGGUCGUAUCGGGUGGGUGAUGAUGAUUACCGCUACGAUUGA